AUGGCAAACGGCCGUCCCUCCGAUCCCAUCUCCGUGCCCGAGUCGGGUGCCCGUCCCCGACGCAGUUCCAUCGCCGAUCUCUUCUCCAAGAGAGAUUCGUCUGCCAACCAAGCCGCCGCCAACCAAGCCAACCAGCAGCGGCGCCUAUCUAUAACUACUCUUGGUUUGUCUGGCUCACCCACCCAGGCUUCCACCUUUGGAACCCGAGGAAUCCGCCGCGGGAGUUUCUCCAGUUCGUGGGGAAGUGCCCCGAAUGAAGAUGCCGUGGCCGAAGAUCUUGAAGGCUCUCCUCCCGGUGCAACGCCCAAUUCGCCAUUUGCCCGACGGGUCUCCUUCGGAGCUCAGGCGUUGCGUGAGGCUCGCACUGGUAGUAGUGGAAACGGUAGAUAUCCCCCCGCUUCCUCUCCUGGAGCGCGUCCCAUCCCGACCCCGACCACCUCCAGUUCCAAAUCCCGAUCUCCCGCAAGUAUUUCCACGUCUAUCCAAGAUGAGAGAUCUAACUCGCGGCGACUAGGCGAAGGCUUCAACUGGUCUGAGGCCCUCCGUUCUCGAGCCGAGCGCGCCCCUUCCGUUGGGGCCCCCGUCUCCCCUCAGAAUUCCACUGUUCGCCCGAACGGCCACCAGCGUGCCGCAUCGAUCGCGUCCAUGGAGCAGCCCCUGCGGGAAAUUCCUAGGCAGCCUAAGCAGAACAAGCCCGAUUUCUUCCAGGAGAAGAUCUUGCGAGGUGAUUUCAUGGACUAA